ACUUUCACGAUUCACGUAGCGAUUUUCGAUUUUUCAUAAAUUUCUCAGAUUUUACUGUGUAUUUUAAGGACUAAACGUAUUAUUUAGUAUCAUAAAUACUAAGCGAAUAGUGCUUCACCAUUUAAGGUGUCUGGAUCCGUGUAAACUUGGAUAAAAGUUGCAAGCAAGAUGCUGGGUUCAGGAGAUAGUAGUUUUAUUAUAAAACUGAGAGGUUUACCAUUUUCUACCACAGUCGACGACGUAAUAGACUUUCUUGGUGGUGUAAAUAUUGUUGGUGGCAAAGAUGGUGUCCACCUGACUGAAGUACGACCUGGCAGACCAUCAGGAGAGUGUUUUGUGGAAGUGCAGAGUGCCCAAGAUGUUGAAGAAGCCAUGAAGAAGGAUAAGGAAAACAUGGGCAAAAGAUAUAUUGAAGUUUUUUCAACUGACCGUCAAGACAUGGAAUGGGCGCUCAAUGCUAUGCGUCAAAGUGAAAAUGGAUUUGAAUCUAUCCCAAACGUAUCUGAUGACUAUGGCAUUGUUAAACUGAGAGGUCUGCCUUUUGGCUGUUCCAAGGAAGAAAUUCUACAAUUUUUUGACGGGCUGAUGGUGGUCCAGGAUGGGGUGCACUUGCUCUCGGACCACACGGGGCGGGCCUCGGGCGAGGCGUUUGUUUACUUCGCUGACAAACAGAGCGCACAAGAAGCGCUGAACAGGGACAGGGAGAAAAUAGGACACAGAUACAUAGAAGUGUUCUUGAGCUCUGCGGACGAUGUGCGCGACUACGGCGCCCGUAUGGAGGGAGGCGGGUUCAAAUCCAGCCGCGGGUACCGGCCGACUCCGUACGAUAGGAACGACAGAUUCGGCGGACGAUUCGCAGGACGCGGCAGGGGCGCUUUCGGAAGAGGUGGCGGCGGCGGUUUCGGUCGCGGCGGCGGCGGUCCGCGGCGCGGCGGGGACCACUGCGUGCACAUGCGCGGACUGCCAUUCAAGGCCACGCCGCAGGAUAUUGCUUACUUCUUCAAGCCGAUCCGGCCGAUGAACAUCAACAUCCUGUACGACAACAGCGGCCGGCCGUCCGGCGAGGCGGACGUCGAGUUCGAGUGCCACGAGGACGCCAUGAGGGCGAUGCGCCGCGACAAGAAUAACAUGGAGCACCGCUACAUCGAGCUGUUCCUCAACUCCUCGGGCGGCGGCGGCGGUGGCGGCAAACCCUUCAGAGGGUUCAGGAACUACUAGCUGACCCGUAUAACAUCGAGCAUCAAACAGUACGAGCUAUACGUCACUUUCUAUCACUCAACUCUCGAAGUUUGUAAGGCCUUCAACAUUUCGAAGAAAAUUAUUUUCAUGCAAGACAGAAAGUCCAGCUAUUAUUUAUGUUCCGUUACCAGAGCAAUAUGAUGUAAGUGUAAACUGUAGGGCUGGUAUAAAUAGUCAGUACUCAAGAUGCAUCUCGGUCUCAAGA